CAGCUGAGGGUCACGUGCGCCCGGCCAAGCUCUAGGCCGGAACUCGGCGCGGAAUCCGGCGCCUGCCGGCGCCUGCCGCUUGGUUGGGCUCAGGAUGCGCGGCGGGCAGGGCGCGGCGCGGGCCCCGGUGAUCCAGUUCACCAACUGUCGCAUCCUGCGGGGCCGGGCGCUGCUCAGGGAGGAUCUGUGGGUGCGCGGGGGCCGCAUUCUGGACCCGGAGAAGCUGUUCUUUGAGGAGCGGCGCGUGGCUGACGAGCAGAGGGACUGCGGGGGCUGCAUCCUAGCGCCCGGCUUCAUCGACGUGCAGAUCAACGGUGGGUUUGGCGUUGACUUCUCUCAGGCCACAGAGGACGUGGGUUCGGGAGUCGCCCUGGUGGCCCGGAGGAUCCUGCCGCACGGAGUCACCUCCUUCUGUCCCACGUUGGUCACCUCGCCACCGGAGGUUUAUUGCAAGGUCCUUCCUCAGAUCCCCGUGAAGAGUGGUGGUCCCCAUGGGGCAGGGGUCCUCGGGGUACACCUGGAGGGCCCAUUCAUCAGCCACGAGAAGCGGGGUGCACACCCCGAGGCCCACCUGCGUUCCUUUGAGGCCAACGCUUUCCAAGACUUGCUGGCCACCUAUGGGGGCCUGGACAACGUCCGCAUCGUGACACUGGCCCCCGAGUUGGGCCGCAGCCACGAGGUGAUCCGGGCAUUGACGGCCCUUGGCAUCUGCGUGUCCCUAGGGCACUCAGUAGCUGACCUGGGCACUGCGGAGGAAGCCGUGCAGAGCGGGGCCACCUUCAUCACCCACCUCUUCAACGCCAUGCUGCCUUUCCACCACCGUGACCCAGGCAUCGUGGGGCUCCUGACCAGUGAUCGGCUGCCCCUGGGCCGCCACAUCUUCUACGGGAUGAUUGCUGACGGCAUACACACCAACCCUGCCGCCCUGCGCAUCGCCCACCGGGCCCACCCCGAGGGGCUGGUGCUGGUCACUGAUGCUGUCCCUGCCCUGGGCUUGGGCAAUGGCCGUCACACGCUGGGGCAGCAGGAGGUGGAGGUGGAUGGCCUGACAGCCUAUGUGGCAGGCACCAACACACUGAGUGGCAGCAUAGCCCCAAUGGAUACCUGCGUCCGGCAUUUCCUGCAGGCCACAGGAGCUCAUGGCAGAGGGAGAGGGCUGCGAGCAAGCGGAUGGCUGGAACCCACAGUGACAGGCACUGAAGCCACAGCACCCGAGGGCAGGACCUUGGCCUGGGGCCUGUGGAACUGCAGGAUUGGCAGGCUGCAGCGUGGAGUCUGCCCUGGAGGCUGCGUCCCUGCAUCCUGCACAGCUGCUGGGCCUGGAGAAGCACAAGGGGACCCUGGACUUUGGGGCCGAUGCAGACUUUGUGGUGCUCGAUGACUCUCUCCACGUCCGGGCCACCUACAUCUCGGGCGAGCUGGUGUGGCAGGCGGAAGAAGCCAGGCAGUGACUGAGGACCGCCGCUGGAGGGGAUGCCCAACCCCAGCUGGACACUGUCGGCUGGGCCAUCGAGGAACUGGUCUCCAGAGAGUGGUGGGGGCCUCGGCCCGGAGGCGGCUGGCUUGGAUAAACAUGUGCCCCGUCGGGA